AUGGCGCACUGCGCCUUGACGUCGCCGGACCUUUUGCGCGAGAUGAGCGCGUACCAGAGCGGCUGCUACGCGGACCUUUUGCCCUUCGUCCGCCUCUUGCAGAGCACGACGCCCCGCUACUUUCGGCUGAGCGACCACGGCGCCUUUCACGCGCUGCUCGAGCCGUGGAGUACGGCGUUCGGCAUCGACCGCUUCGUGCGCGCCAAGCCCGAGUGGGCCUCGUACGUUUUGAGCUACGCUGCAAUCUACGGCAAGGUCCAGCUACUGGCAGACUUGCACACCCGGGGCCACUUUGUCAACGACGAGAUUGUGUGGGCGCUCGCGGCCGAGCACGGGCACGUCGCCGUCUUUGCCUUCUUGGCCAGCCUCCACUGCGACCCGUACACGGCCACGGCCAUGACACACGCGGCCAAGUUCAAUCAGCUCGAGGUUGUGCGCUAUCUGGACACGCACUUUGGCCCGUGGCGCAAUCGGUGGCCGCUCACCACCGCGUGCAACCACGGCCACGUCGACGUCGCGCGCUACUUGUUUGCGCACAGCGACGGCGCCAGUGUGCCCAACCUCAUGCGCGGCGCCGCCAUGCACGGGCACCUCGCAGUGAUUGCGUUUCUGCACGAAACCGGCUACGCGCACUGUAGCACGCUCGAAAUGGACUUGGCGGCCAGCCACGGGCACCUCGACGUGGUCCGGUACUUGCACACACACCGCGGCGAGGGCUGCACGUUGCGCGCCAUGGACCUCGCGGCCAUGCACGGACACUUGGACGUCGUGACGUUCCUGCACAAGCAUCGGACCGAGGGCUGUACGACGGACGCCAUGGACAGUGCGGCGACCGAGGGUCACCUGCAGGUUGUCCGGUUCCUGCAUGAACAUCGGACCGAGGGCUGCACGACGGACGCCAUGGACGGAGCCGCGAUGCACGGGCAUUUGGACAUUGUCGAGUUCUUGCACGAACGCCGGCGCGAAGGCUGUUCGACGUCGGCCAUGGACGGCGCGGCCAUCUACGGCCACGUCGACGUGCUUGUGUUCUUGAGUGAGAAGCGCAACGAAGGCUGCUCGGACGCCGCCCGCGCAUACGCUGUCAAGCACCAACCGCCGCACAUCGUGCGCCUCCUCAUGCCGCGUUUGAGCUGA